ACUAAAAAAUUGUUUCUUAAUUUUGUUUUUAAUUAAUUAAUUCGGUUAAAUCUUCAGCUUUUUAAUGAAAUAUUAUAAUUUUUGUUUGAAAAAUAUAUUUCCAAUCAUUUUGUUAUCACGCUACUUAAUAAGUUUUACUUCAACCUGUGUUUUCAUAAGUUAUCGAAGAUGUAGGUUAUGCUUCAUAAUAAUACGUAGCCUCUGUAGCCAAAGCAUUAGUGACAUUUGUUAUUGUUUAUCGUUUUAAUUUUUAGUGCUUUCGACUAAUAAAUAAAUUAAAUACUUAUAGAUUUAACAAAAACAAUGGCAGCCAUAGUAAAUAUAUAAACAAACAAACUCAUUAAUGCCCAGUCAAUUAUUCAAAAUGAAAUCCAGUGGACUCAAUUGUUUGAAAUUAAAUUCUAUAAAAUUGAAACAGCAUUUAUUUUAUAAUGUCUUACGUUCAGCAUCAACUGGACUGGGAUUAUGGGAUUUAAAUAUGGACAAUGAAAUGCGUCAUAAAAUAGAAGAUCAUUGGAAAGAUAAAAUUUGGUCAAAUAAAAUCAAGGACAAUGACAGCGAUAAAGAAAAAUUCUACGUCCUGUCAAUGUUUCCAUAUCCAUCAGGAUCACUUCACAUGGGACAUGUGCGCGUUUAUAGUAUAAGUGAUGCAGUAUCACGGUUUCAUAAAAUGAAAGGUAAGAAUGUAAUCCACCCAAUGGGUUGGGAUGCAUUCGGAUUACCAGCAGAAAAUGCAGCAAUUGAACGUAAUGUUGAUCCCAAAGAAUGGACUGACAGUAACAUAAAAAAUAUGAAACAACAAUUAAAUAUUCUUGGCUGUGAUUUCGAUUGGGAACGUGAGUUCGCAACUUGCAAUCCAAAUUAUUAUCGCUGGACCCAGGAAUUAUUUCUAAAACUCUACGAUUGUGGAUUAGCGUAUCAGAAAAAAGCAUUCGUCAACUGGGAUCCUGUUGACAAAACAGUUCUGGCUGAUGAGCAGGUUGAUCAUGAUGGAAAGUCAUGGAGAUCUGGUGCUAAAGUUGAGAAAAAGUUAUUGAGACAGUGGUUCAUACGGACCACAGCCUUUGCCAAGUCACUUUUUGAUGGUCUAGAUGACCCGAUGCUCAAAGAAUGGCGGGAUAUUAUUAAAAUACAGAAGCACUGGAUUGGUGACUGCAAUGGGACAUCAAUGGAUUUUAAAUUAGUAUGUGAUUUACCUGAUGAUCAUGAUAAACCUGAUACUUUCAACAUAUGGACAGACAAACCAGAAUUUAUUGAACAUGCGAAAUUUAUUGCCGUUUCACGUGAUAAUUUUCUAGCUAAAUCACAAAUUCAUAAUUUUACAGGCAUAACAACAAAAUAUCUCAAUGCUAAAGUUAUUAAUCCAUUUAAUAAUGAAGAAUUGCCUAUUUAUUAUACAAAUACCAUGAAAUUUUCAAAGCUACGUGAUAAUCAUGUUGGUAUUCCAGGUUGUUCUCCAGCUGACGCUGAAUUUUGUACAGAUAAUGGAAUUACUUUUGAUGAAAUCGAGGAAUUAAGUGAUGAAGAAAUAGAGAAUAGGCGUAAAAUUGUCAUGGAAAGAGCGAAAGAAUUAAAAAUUGGUGGUUAUUUGGUCAGUGCGACACUGAGAGAUUGGUUGAUAUCACGGCAAAGAUACUGGGGCGCACCGAUUCCUAUAAUUAAUUGUGAUAAAUGCGGUAGUGUUCCAGUACCACGCGAUCAAUUGCCAGUUAUUUUACCAGAAAAAUCAUCAAACUCAGAUUCGGGUAUUCCGAAUUUAAGACAAGCAACUGAUUGGCUAAAAACAUCUUGUCCUAAAUGUGGUGGUGAUGCCACCAGAGAAGCUGACACAAUGGACACUUUUGUCGAUAGCUCAUGGUAUUUUAUGAGAUUUAUUGAUCCAAAUAAUGACAAUGAUGUGUUUUCACAUGACAAAGCUAUGAAAUAUCUUCCAGUUGAUUUGUAUAUCGGCGGCAAAGAACACGCGGCAUUGCAUUUAUAUUACGCGAGAUUUAUGAAUCAUUUUCUAUUUACUCAGGGUCUUUUGCCAACACGUGAACCUUUUAAACAAUUAUUGGUACAGGGAAUGAUUAUGGGUAAAAGUUAUCGCAUUAAAGGUAGUGGUAAAUAUUUAAAAGAAAAUCAAGUUGAAAAAGAGGGAAAUAAUUUUAUUGAAAAAGAUUCAAAACUUCCGGUUGUUGUUGCUUGGGAAAAAAUGUCAAAGUCUAAGUACAAUGGUGUUGAUCCUAUGGAAAUGUUUAAUGAAUAUGGAUCAGAUGCCACAAGAUUAAUUAUUCUUGCUGAUGUUGCACCAACGUCUAGCAGAAAUUGGUCCAAUCAAACAUUUCCGGGUAUUUUUAAUUGGCAACAACGAUUGUGGUUAUCAAUAAGACAAUUGUUGAUAAGCCGUAAGGGUGUUGACGUAGAAGAAAUAAAAAAUACGACACCAGAUACUGAAAAAUUUAUAGCAGACAAUGAGUAUUUGUUUAAUAGUAGAAAUUAUUAUAUAAAAGGUGUUACGUUUAAUAUAAUUGGAUCACAACAACUCAGUGUCGGUAUUUCUAAAAUGCAAGGCCUGACAAAUAGUUUAAGAAAAGUAUCGUUGAAAUGUUUGACUCACAGUCCAGAGUACGAACGCACAUUGGCUGCGCAAAUAGUAAUGCUCGCACCUUUAGCUCCAAGAUUUGCAUCCGAAUUAUGGAGUGGAUUUUGUUCUGCUCCCUAUCAUUUAGUUAAUGAUGAUUUAUUUAUACAGAGAGACAAAGAUGUUCUUGAACAAAAGUGGCCAGAAGUUGACAGCCAUUAUGAAUUAGAUCUUGAUGUUAUUGUAAAUGGAGCUCAUAUUGAUACUCUUAAAAUUCCUAAAUAUAAUAUUGAAAAAAUGUCAGGAGAGAAUGCAGCAGAAUUAGCAUUAAAAUCUGAGGCCGCUAAAAAAUAUAUAAAAGAUCGUACAAUUAUUGGAUUUAAAUAUCAAUGGGAUCCAGAUUGUGAUGGGAAAAUUCAAUUCCAAGUAUCAUUGAAGCCUUCAAAUCUAAAAAUUAAAAAUACCAUGUAACUACAUGCAUAUAUUUUGAUAAGUUUAUUAUUUGUACAGUUUGUUUCAAAAUAUAUAUAUUUCAAUAAGUUUACCCAAUGGGCACGGGAUAUUCUUGGCCAUUAUGUCUUGUAGAAUUUAAAUUUUCUAUAUAUUUUUUUGGUAAAUCAUGUUCUUGCGCACCUUUGAUUAUUGUUUUU